AUGUUCAUCUUAGUCUCUGUCGUAUUUAUCACAUUAAUUAAUUUUUGCAACGCGGAUUAUCGCACUGUAAACAUUCUGUUGCUAAAGGACUUCUUUGUGAAGUCUACCAGUUUUAAGUUAUUUGACAACGUAAAAUGGUUUCACAACGGCGUUCCUGUCAAUCAAUCCAGCAAUCGUCAUGUAUAUUUCAAAAAUGGAACAUUAAAAAUAAUCCAAGCAGAAGUUUCUGACUGCGGUCUAUAUCAGAAAUGUGUUGGGACAAAGUGUUCAACCCCAAUUAUUGCAGAAAUUCAGGAUUUGCAUAGAGUCCAAAAAGAUGGAAUAACUUGGGUAUUUAAAUACGAUAAGCCAAAUUCUUAUACAUAUUGGGAACCUGCGACUGAAAUACAAUGUGGAGUUAACCUUCCAGAGAGUUAUCCCCAUUUCCACGUUAAUUGGUCUUACUCCAGUCAGAAUGGAUUUCAAGUAGGUUCUUCAAUUUUUCUUGUUCGUAAUCAUACAAUUACAAACAAAAGUGGUCAUACAUACUUUUACUCCUCCCUUAUUUUAUUACAAAAUCCAAGAGAUACUGUCUUUACUUGUCGGUUUUUUGUUCGAACAAAAUGGGGUCAUUUAUUGAAAUAUGAACAAGACUUUUAUCCUAAUUUUUCUGGUUUUUCUCUAAGGGGUUCUGUCCGUGAGUAUGUUAGGUAUACACCAAAAAAGCAUAAAUCCGACUUUCGUGUGCACGCUCCAGCUAUCACUUUGUCCUACGAGAAACGUGGUGGCUCUAUUAAUGCUACCUGUUUUUCGAAAGAGGGUCCAGUUCAACUCUAUAUUGCAUCCGAUGUUGAGUCACUUAAUCGAUACAAUGGUUACUGGUUCGCACUCACAAAUAAACUACUCUCUUUGCUGAAUUUCUCAGAAGCAGAAAUGAAUGGCACUUACUUCUCAAGUUAUUUGUUUAAUUCGUCUGAAUUUAUAAGUCAGGAAGUCUAUGUUGUCUGCCGUUGUCUCGACAAAUAUUCCUUCAGACGUCUGGAAGCUCAGAAUUAUUCUACUUUUUCUGAAACACAUCCCUCCCUUUUAAUAUUUUUCCAAUCCCUUGCUUUUACGACUUGUUUUCUCAUUGUCAUACUUGUGUUCCCUGUAACUGUCAUGUGGUGCUUGAAAAGGUGUCGGAAACUUCGAAUCAAACGUCUGCAACGUCGUCCAUCUCUGAUCUACCGGUCGAUUGACGCAGUUGAAUGUCAGCAGCCAUGUCCCCAAACGCACGACUACGUCAACAUUUCAAUAACUUAUUGCCCUCGCAGAAUUGAAAGUGCUGAAUCUAGCGAAGAUUAUCUCGAGCCCAAACGAUUAGAAUUGAAAACUACAAGUCAAACUCGAUCCGUUCGCUUUCACUUGCUAGGGGAAUCUCCCCCCACACCAAGAUAUCAUGACUCUCCAUUUUUAAAAAAUUGGGAUUGGCGUUUAUAUAUAACUAACUCACGUAUUUCAAUUGACUAUUUGAUAGCCUGA